UGUGUUCUAGGUCAAUGGCUUCUAAGACUCCAGUUGGAUUCAUUGGACUGGGCAACAUGGGGAAUCCAAUGGCAAAAAAUCUCAUGAAACAUGGCUAUCCACUCGUUAUUUAUGAUGUGUUUCCUGAUGCAUGCAAAGAGUUUCAAGAGGCAGGUGAACAGGUAGUAUCUUCCCCAGCAGAUGUAGCCGAAAAGGCUGACAGAAUUAUUACAAUGCUGCCCACCAGUAUCAAUACAGUAGAAGUUUAUUCGGGAGCAAAUGGAAUUCUGAAAAAAGUGAAGAAAGGCUCAUUAUUAAUAGAUUCCAGUACUAUUGAUCCUGCAGUUUCAAAAGAAUUGUCAAAAGAAGUUGAGAAAAUGGGAGCGGUUUUCAUGGAUGCCCCUGUUUCUGGUGGUGUAGGAGCUGCUCGGUCUGGGAACCUCACAUUUAUGGUGGGAGGAGUCGAAGAUGAAUUUGCUGCUGCCCAAGAGUUGCUGGGAUGCAUGGGCGCCAAUGUGGUGUAUUGUGGAGCUGUUGGGACUGGGCAGGCUGCAAAGAUCUGCAACAACAUGCUGUUAGCUAUUAGUAUGAUUGGGACCGCAGAAGCUAUGAAUCUUGGAAUCAGGCUAGGGCUUGACCCAAAACUAUUGGCUAAAAUCCUAAAUAUGAGCUCAGGACGGUGUUGGUCAAGUGAUACUUAUAAUCCUGUACCAGGAGUGAUGGAUGGAGUUCCUUCAGCUAAUAACUAUGAGGGAGGAUUUGGAGCAACACUCAUGGCUAAGGAUCUGGGAUUGGCACAAGACUCUGCUACCAGCACAAAGAGCCCAGUCCUUCUGGGCAGCCUGGCCCAUCAGAUCUACAGGAUGAUGUGUGCAAAGGGCUACUCAAAGAAAGACUUCUCAGCGGUGUUCCAGUUUCUUCGAGAGGAGGAGACCUUCUGAGUGCCCUUUGGCUAUGGACACUGUUAGGAACCAAACUCUGUCUUGGAACUUAAAUGAGUUUAAUCAAAGGUCAUUUGGCUGUUUUUGAUUAUCUACAUUACAGUAAUCCCUAUGAUUUUUCACCCAUUUUUAACUGCUUCUUCUCAUCUUUUUAGCAAACUUAUUACCUGAAUUUUUUUUUUCCCUGCAAGCCACUGAUGGUUUCUGCUAACUAGCUGAGUUGACCUUUUUAAAAAGUUUGAUCCCUGAGCAUCUUCAACUAAAUCCUUGAAUACUUCAAUCAGGAGUGUAAUCACUUUGCAAAUAAACCAAAUAUUUUGUCAACAGAAGGAAACCCAUGUUAAAGAAAAGAAAUUGGAUAUGGAGAGGAACUAGAGAAGUAUAGUAAAUUACUACUGGUAUCCUGCAGAAAGUUUGUUCAGUUAACAAAGUGGUGGUAUAUUUGUGUUCUUAAGUCCACGGACUUAUUUUCUGGGGAGCUGAUGGAGCUUGUUUUUGCAUGUUUUAUAGUUUGAACUCUGUUACAGUGUCUCGGUAUUUAGCAGACUUGUUCCUAUACUUUUUGCUUCCUUGUACAUUAUUGCUACCUAUUUUCUGACUUCAAAAGUAUAACAUCUUUAGACUUUCAGAGCCAAUGAUGAUAUUUCCUUUAGAUAAUUAUUACAUUAUUCUAAAUAUAACCACAUUAU